GUUUAUCCUUUGUCUAUGAUCUAUAUAAACGUAUUUCCUGGGUGAGCUUAUCCUCUCCCUGAUUUCCAAAGUUUUCUCCAGCCUUAGUCUUGCUUUGGAUCUCUAGGCUGAAGUUUCUCACCAUGUAUGUCUUGGAUGUUUGCUCCAGCUGACACUGUUACCACUUCAGAUACAACAUGCUCAAACCCAGCAAUGAACUUAACAAAGCAUUAAAAGAAAGCCUUUGCUUCAGCAGCUUGUUUAUUAAGAUGAGGGUUUGGGUCAUGUUAUCUCCACCAAUGUGUAAGGUGACUCGGGAGCAGGAAGGUGCGUGAAGAUGAUUCUGUAAUAAACGUCAAAUCCAUAAGCCCUGUCAAGAGUUUAUAGAAGACUGGUGUUUUGUGGGUUUUGUUCAAUGUAGCCUUUUUCCUGCAGAACUCGAAGGAAAGUACCCCAGCAGUCCCCCAGCAAAAUUAUCUGGGUGUACGGCUCUACCUAUUGCUUUCAGGAUCAUCGUUGGAAAAACAAAUCUGUUAGGUUGAACCAUGUGAAAUUGCCGAAUGGUGAUGUUUGGCCGUUUUCUACUUUUUUUAAAAAGCCAGCAAUUUAUAAAAGCCAAUAUAUGGACGUUUCAUAUAUAUUAUUGAGUAAGCUUUCUGCCCUGGGAUACUGGGGGUAAAACAACUGGUGAGAUGCCAGGUUGUCAGCAUUAGGGGAGGGCCGCACAGGAGAUGGUGUUGUGGGACCGAGCGAAGCUCCGCCGCAAGUAAGGUGUCCCCGGGCGGGCGCCAGCCUGGCCACGCCCUGUCUGCGCGGCCGCCGUAAAGCGCGGCUGCGGAGCGUAGCCCCGCCCCUUCCGCCCCUCUUGUGACGCGGGUGCUGUGGGCUAUUUGAGCGGGAAAAAGCCGACCGGAGCUCUAGUCCGUGAGUCUGUGACCUGCUGUUUUCGUGGAGGUUCCCCGAAGCCUAGCAUGGGGCUGCUGGAGCUAUGCGAGGAAGUGUUCGGUACCGUCGACCUUUACCGGGUGCUAGGCGUGCGGCGCGAGGCGUCGGACGGCGAGGUCCGACGGGGCUACCACAAAGUAUCCCUGCAGGUGCACCCGGACAGGGUGGGCGAGGGCGACAAGGAGGACGCCACACGCCGCUUCCAGAUUCUGGGGAAAGUCUAUUCCGUUUUAAGUGACAAAGAACAGAGAGCAGUGUACGAUGAACAGGGAACAGUGGACGAGGAUUCUGCUAUGCUCACUCAAGACCGGGAUUGGGAGGCAUAUUGGAGAUUGCUCUUUAAAAAGAUAUCUCUAGAGGACAUUCAAGCUUUUGAAAAGACAUACAAAGGUUCUGAAGAAGAGCUGGCUGAUAUUAAACAGGCAUAUCUGGAUUUCAAGGGUGACAUGGAUCGGAUCAUGGAGUCUGUGCUUUGUGUGCAGUACACAGAGGAACCCAGGAUAAGGAAUAUUAUUCAGCAAGCUAUUGACACCGGAGAGGUCCCAUCCUAUAAUGCCUUUGUCAGAGAAUCGAAACAAAAGAUGAAUGCAAGGAAAAGGAGGGCUCUGGAAGAGGCUAGAGAAGCAGAAAUGAGCAGGAAAGAGUUGGGGCUUGACGAAGGAGUACAUAACUUGAAAGCAGUCAUUCAGAGCAGACAAAAGGAUCGGCAAAAGGAAAUGGACAAUUUUCUGGCACAGAUGGAAGCAAAGUACUGCAAAACUUCCAAAGGAAGAGGGAAAAAAACAGCUCCCAAGAAAUAAAAGAAAUAAUGGAAUUUUUCUCUUCAAAGGACCUUAGGUGUUAAUUGGUGUCAUUGUAGGCAAGGUGUGGGCAAAAGUCAACCCAACCCUUAGAGGAGUUGUCUUUUCAGCCUAAAUUAUUCCAGUUGACUAAACCAAGAAGAAUCUCUCAACUUAAUUUUAGUAUUUCCCAGAAAUCACCUGACAUUGUGUGAGUCUCCUAUGAAGGAAUUUGGUGAUGAUAGUUGGAAAGGCAGUAUAAUUCGUGACAGCACUUGCUUCCUUGGAUCUUCUGUACAUGGAACUCUGUCUGGAACGGGGUCUCUCCAUACUGUUUUCUGUGAUGUGCAUAUCUAUUAGAAUUGGUACUCUGCCUAGCAAGAACACUUUCAAAAAACACUUUGCUGAACAGCUGUCUUCCAAAUAACUGCCAAUUUACAUUUGGUCUUAAUGAUCCUAAAUAGAUCCUUUCUUUUUGUUUUAUUCAGUCAGGUUCUGUACUCUAUGCUUGAAGUAUAGGAAAAAUAGGUGUUCAGAUUACUUCAAGCAUUUUUCUAAGACUUGUAUAUGAUUAAAUAAGUAUAAAAUGACGUUAAGUCUGGGAGCUUUUUAAAUGAUCCCAGUGAUCAUUUAAAAUGUGAUCUAGAAAAACAAUAUGUUCUUUAGGAUAGAGAAGGGAAAAAAAUAGUCCUAGUCAGUGUUAUAAUAGACAGCCCAGUUUAAAUAGCAUAAAGAGAUGUGUGUUAUAGUCUUGCCUCUAACUGCUGAAUUUCCUUGGUCAGGUCACUGAGCUUGCCUGAAGUUGUUUCUUCAUUUAUAAAAAUGAGUGAGAUCUAAACUCAUCAGAUCGUAUACCUUAAAUAUGUCCAGUUUUUUUGUAAACGAAAAAAUUUGCACUCACUUUGAAUGAAUACACACACACAAAGGGUGAGGGGAUUAGGCUAAAUGGCUUCUUAGAGGCCCCUUUCUGACUCUUUAAUUUUGAAAGGCAAACCAUACUGAUCCAAUCAUUUGUUAAAUUACACUUACCGUAUUGGUUUGCGAGAACAAUACAGAGAUUUUCACUUAUAUUUCGAUGAGGUGGUAUGUGUUCUUUAGAAUAUACAGAAUUUUUUUAGGGACUGUUCAACUUAAAAUCUCUGAUUUGUGGACUAAUAUAUUCAACAUACUAUAUGCAUAAAACAAGCCUUCUCUUGCUAUUGAGCUUUAUGUAUCAUAAUUUAUCUAAGGUAAGCAAGCACAUGACACAUUUUCAGUUUGUGAUUACAAACAGGUUAAAAAAUACUCUUUAAUUGUAUUAAAAAUAUAAUUUAACGUGGGUUGUCUGAAGCAUCUGUCUUUGUAUGAUAACAUUAGAACAGCUUGGUAUGAUAAAAAGUUAUCCCAAUUUAUGAUCAUUUGAAUUUAUCCACUCUGAAAAUUAACAAUUACAUUUAAAACUGAUAUGAUAAAAGAUUAGUGUUCAGUGAAAUUUAAAUAAAAUAAAGCCAUAGUUCAAACCA